CUUUACAUACAUUUGUGCAAUGAAGCUUGCAUAAGAUAAAUGUUCUUGACUGCAGGCUUUGAUUUGUAUUGAAUUAGUGUAAUUCUGUUAACAGGAAUACAGCCGCUGUCUGAUUGAUUAUCCACUGCAGCAAAACAUAUUAAAGGCUCCAUUCACAUGCUCAGUUAUUCACAGAAACAAGUCUAUUCUCUUAUAUUGCUGUGAAAUUACUAGACAGCAAUUUUAGCAGUCAGUUACAACAACAAAAACCUGUACAGACGUCCUUUUUACACCAUGCUGCAUGCAUUUAUAUGGAUAUCGAGUCGACACUAUACCUGUCAUAGGUCAGUGAAGUUGGUCCUGUGUCCACUGUCUAACAGCCCAGAGGUUUACUGGUGUUGAGUUGCUUUUGCACAUUUAUGUCCAGUGUGGUCCUUCUUGUCCCAAGCGCGCACACACACACACACACACACACACACACAUACAACAAACACACACACACACACACAUACAUACAACACGCCCCCCUCAGCGUCUCCUGUAACUGGACCGCAGACGUGGGGUGGAGGGUUGUGACAGAAAUAAACCGACUACGAUUCAUACACACACACACACACACACAUAUACAUACACUUCUACAUUUACCUUUGCUCGGUGCAAUCGUAGGGAAUCCGGAGGUUUAUAGUGGGGACAUGGCGGGGCUGCUGUGUGGGACCAAGAGGAAGAAACAAGUGAGUGAUCUCCAUGAGGAGGGGAAGAAUGCCAUCAAUGCUCCCAUGCUUCCUAUAGGGACAGACAUCCAUCCAGAGGACACACUGAUGGAGGAAAACGCUGAGAGGAUCAUGUUGGACCCAACAUCGCGGGAAAAUCUUAAAUUUAAAGAUCUUUUGAAGGUCCUGAUUGACUGGAUCAACAGUGAGUUGGAGGAAGACAGGAUCAUAGUCAAAGACCUGGAGGAAGACUGUUAUGAUGGACAAGUGCUCCAGAAGUUAUUUGAGUUGUCAGGCAGGAAGCUGAACGUGGCCGAGGUGACCCAGUCAGAGAUCGGCCAAAAGCAGAAGCUUCAGACAGUUUUGGAGGCCGUCAACGAACUGCUGAGGCCUCACGGCUGGACCAUUGAGUGGAGUGUGGACUCUAUUCAUUCAAAGAACCUGGUGGCUAUUGUCUACCUGCUGGUGGCUCUCGCGAUGCAUUUCCAGGCCCCCAUCAGACUGCCUGAGCAUGUUUCUGUGCAGGUGGUCGUCAUCAAGAAACGAGAGGGCAUCCUGCAGACGGCUCUUGUGACCAAGGAGCUGACGAGCACCACAGAAAUGAUGAUGGGAAGGUUUGAGAGGGAUGCGUUUGACACUUUGUUGGAUCACGCACCUGACAAGCUCAACGUGGUGAAAACGUCUCUCAUCACCUUCGUGAACAAACACCUGAACAAGCUGAACCUGGAAGUUACUGAGCUGGAAUCUCAGUUUGCUGAUGGCGUGUACCUGAUAUUGCUGAUGGGGCUGCUAGAAGACUACUUUGUCCCUCUGUACAACUUCUUCCUCACCCCUGAGAGCUUUGAACAGAAGGUCCACAAUGUGGCGUUUGCCUUUGAGCUGAUGCAGGAUGGAGGCCUGAAGAAACCCAAAGCCAGACCAGAAGAUGUUGUCAACCUGAACCUCAAGUCCACCCUCAGAGUCCUCUACAACCUGUUCACCAACUACAAAAACUCUGAUUGAACUUUUCCAGUUUCUCCCCCCUAUAUACUUUUGAUUGCUGCCCUGUGCCUGCACAGAUAUUAUGCAUUACAGUCUGGACACUGGAGGAGACCAACUGGGACUUAAAAAUCAUUAUUAUGUGGGACUUAAAAAGCCCCAUGGAGAGUAGCCUGAAAAAGGCUCUUAAUGUCAGUAUUUAAUUUCCUCCAAAUGUCAGUACUUAUUUAUUCCUUCCUCGAAUGUUAAAUGCAACCCAGGAAACCCUUUAACCUUUAGCCUGCUUUUGAAUACACACAAUAGCCAUGACAGGAAAACGAAUGUUAAAACUGGAAAACAUUUGCGUUAACCUGGUUACUCUCCAGAAUAUUUAAGAAAGUUGAAAUGCUGUUGUAUAUUAUAAAGUAUCUAAAAUGAAUGUGUAAAUAUUAAAAGAAUAGUUUUGGGAAAUACACAUAUUUGCUUUCUUGCCAAGAGUUCGACGAGAAUAUUGAUACCACGCUCAUGGUUUAUAUGCUAAAUAUUAAGCUAACAUUAAAACCAGCAGCUGGUUAGCUUAGCUUAGCAUAAAGACUGCAAACAGGGGAAAUUGCUUGUCUGGCCCUGAUCGUAAAUAACAAAAUAUGCGUACCAACACCUCUAAAGCUCAUGUAACACAAACUGUAAACACAACAAGCUACAGAAAAACAUUUUAAAGUUUCAGGUUGGACAACAAACUGCGCACCAUAGAAAAGUUGUGGUGCCUUUAUUUUAUGCCCAAAACAUAAUUGCCAUGUAAUCUAUAUCUAAUGUAUAAAAAUGUAGAUACUGUAGCAGACAUUUUGCCUUUGGAUAAUCUUCACAAAAUGCAAGAAGAAAUCAACAAAAUGUAUAAUUUCAGCUUUCUUCUUUCUUUUCGUUUGGAAAACCUAAUUAUAAUUAUUUACUGUCUGUAGCUUCUAGAAAUAACUAUUAAAUACAUUUGAUUAUGUGCAUUUAAUGUAGUUUAAUAACCACAUCUAAUUGCAUGACAUCAACUAGAGUCAAAAGCUGAAGCAGUUAUACUGCUAAGAUAGUACUGUUAGCAAGAUUAGCUAGCUUUUUGCUACAUUGUGACUGGAUUUAGCUGCUGCUUCAUUUAAUAAUGUGGAAAACAAACUAAAAUACCAAGAUUAAUUAACAGAUAACUAGCUAGGGAAAAAACAAUAAGUACAUUUUGUUUUAAGUAAGUAAAGUUUCAUAGAUAAAAAUCACAAAGUGCUUUACAAGGUACACUCACAUUAAAAUACAUUGAAUAAAAUUAAAACAUUUAAAAAGUCAAAGAUAAAUUAAACCCAGUCAACUAAAAGCUUGUUUAAAUAACAGUGUCUUGAGUUGCCUUUAACUAAGGCUAGCUGGCUUGUGGCUAUCUGACCAGCUGGAUUUCAGAUGAUAUAGCGCUCUUUUUUGUAGCUGUCUCGUUGGCUGUGUCUUGUGAUAGUUAGUACAGUUAGUUUACUAUUUAGCACAAAGUUGUUUUGCUGCAUUGUGCCUUUGUAGGGCAGAGCUGUUUCCCCUUACGUUCAUCUUUAUGCUAAGCUAAGCUAACCUGCGACUGGCUAUACUGUAUCUUCCUAUUUAAUGGGUGUAUAUAUCUGUAAGUGGUAUUGAUCUAAUUCUCACUCAACUCAUGACAAGAAAGUAAAUAAGAAACUAUUCUUUUUAUACUAUUCCUUUACUGGUAAUAUCUGAAAUGCAUUAGCUUACUUCAGCUAGGCUAUAUAUAUACCAUAAUUGCUUUUACUUGACAGAAAUGAACUGUGAAUGGUACAGUACUCAUUGACUCUGAACUAUGAACACAGCACACCACAUCUCAAGCCAAUGCUAUUGCCUUAAGUGCAUGCUCCGUCCCGGGAGAACCCCUGUCAUAGUAUCUUUGUAUUGACUGGCCUUUCAGACGAGUCUCCGAGGAGGCCUGGACCUCACACUGCUCUCCCGAAGCGGGGCAUGGGCCCCCUGCUAAGAUGCACAGUGCACGACUACUCAAGCAUUUUAGAGCCGGUGAUGAAUUAUUGAGAAAAUGGAUGAGUCAAUCUAAAUCGCGCUUGCGCUGGAUGUCUCAUCCUUGUGUAUUUUUUUUUUUUUAAAUCUUGCCUAUCAAGAAAUAAAUGCCUGAAAUCCAACUGAA